AUGAUUAAUCACUUCUUGCAUAAUUGGCACCAACCAGUAGGAGAUCCAAUUGAGUAUGAAGAAAUCAAAAGAUAUGAUGAUGGAAGAAGAAGAUAUGAUAAAACAUUGAGGGAGAAAGGUGGAAUAGAGUACUAUUUGGUAUCUAAAAAAUUUGUUAAAUAAUGGAAAUAUUAUGUGGAUUAUUAUGAAGAAAUGGGAGAUCAAUAGAAAGAGGCAAGAAAGAAACCUGAUAAAAUGAAUUCAGAUUUGUAAAGCAAUGAAAAGGUGUUUAAAUACAUACCUGAAGAUCAUGUUUACAAUUCCAGUAUUCGAUAUUUGGAAAAUGAAUGGGAUUAUGAAUACGUAAAAAUUAAAUUGAUAAACAACUAGAUUCUUAAGGAAGUUUUCGAUCUAUUUAAGGAGAAAUACUCAUCAAUUGAACCAUAGAAAAGGAUUGGAUUCUAUUAAGAGAAUGAAAAAAAAAAAGUUGUCUAUCCUAAUUUGGCUCGAUUUACGUUAAUCUACUAGUCCUUAAGAGACAACAAAAUUUAUAGUGUAAAAGCCUAAGUAGACCAUCAUUCUGAAAUUAAAUCUUGGCUAGAUUUACUAAAAGCCACAUUCUAAGAUGAAUAAAAAUAGAAUCCAAUAACCAACAUCAGGAUCUGGUUACCUAGACAUUAGAAUUACAAUGUCGAUCUGAUAACAUCAUAGUUGGAACAAACCAUGCUAAUUGAUGGUGAUGUUUUACAAGAAACUCUUAUGGUCUUUCAACUAUAAUCAAAAAGAGAUAAUUGUUUAAUUUUAGAUUUUGAGUCAAAUAAAUGGCAGUUUAAUAAAAUGGAUGAAUAAUAGUAAAUUGAACUUGAUACUGAACUCUUGUUCAAUAGAGCUUUAAAUGGUUGUGGUAAAUAUGUAUGCGACUUUCCGCAUUGUAAAUUGAACAAUGGUUUUCUUGAACAAGAUUUUAGUUAAGAUGACAUCAAAGGAAUUUGUUAAUAAUUGGUAGAAAAUGAGGAAGUCAAUUGGAAUUAAUUAUGUUAUCAGGGAAAAAACAUCAACAAUAAAUUGGUUCCAUUACAAAUGUCAGAGUUUUAACUGGAUUUACCAGAGGCCAUAAUCAAAAUUUCUCAGUAACUGGAAAUAUUUGGAGCAUCGUUUGUUGAAAAUUUCUACAAUAAGUCUGGCGUUUAUGCUAUUGAUUUAUAGAAUGCAGAUGUAGAUACUAAUUUAAUUAUUGAAACAUAAUCAAAAUUCUUCAAUUACAAAAAAGGGUUCACUCUAAUUAUAAAUAUUUUAUUUUCUUAAAAAGAAAAAAAUUAUGAACCUUUAACUAACUUAUAUUAAUUGAGAGCGCUCUAUUUGAUAUUACAAUUUCGUUAAUUUUUGGAACAUAUUGUCGAUGAAAAAUCAUAAAUAAUAUUAAAAAUUAUUAGAAGACUUGAUGUGAAAUAAAAAUUAUAAUUAUCUAGAUGGUUUACAAAUCUGUCAAAAGCAGAGUUCGAAGAUACGACAAAAAAGAUUAAAAAAUUAAUUAACUCUGAGAUUCUAAGACAGUAACACACACCUUUAAUGCCUUUUCUGGAAAUUGAAGAUACUUAUAAAAUGGUUGGUUUAUUUGAACUAUUCCAAAUCUUACAAAAAUCAAACAAAAUGAAUACUAGAUUGUAGUCUUCAGAAUUCGUAAUUGAUCUAAUAACAAAAUUGUAUAAACAAGAUGCUGACAAAGAGGAGUUUUCACAAUUUCGUUAUUAUGCAGCAAAACAAUGGAGGAAUUAUUCGUUUACUUUUUGUUUAUAUGCUUGGUCUAUUCCAAUUGAGUUUAAAUCUAAGUUGCUGAGUCUAGACUGUAAAGUCAAAUAACACGACAGUAUGAGCCAUUCAGUAAAGUACCAUUUUACUGGACAAGCUCCAUAUCUUAGUUUAUAGAUUGAGAGAAACAAUAUUAUAGAAUCAGCAAUAAAAUAAUUAUAAAUAACCCAUAUUCCAUUAAAGAACCCUUUGAAAGUGUAAUUUAUAGGAGAACAAGGUGUAGAUGAAGGAGGUCCAAAAAGAGAGUUUUUCAGGUUGAUGAUGGAGAAACUGAUUUCACCAGAUUAUGGAAUGUUUAUCCCGAAAAACAAUGGAACAGUGUAUUGGUUUAAUCCGAAGUCAUUUGAAAUGCCAAUAUACUAUUCAUUGAUCGGAAAAUUGUUAGGGUUGGCUCUCUAUAAUUAGGUGUUGCUUGAUGUAAGAUUCCCAACUGUUCUAUUCAAAAAAUUAUAGAAUGAAAAAGUUACAGAGGAGGAUUUAAAGGAAUUGGAUAUGGAAAUAUAUACAGGUUUUUAGUAUUUGAGAGAACAAACAGAUUCUAAUUUAAUUGCGAAUCUUGCUCUCAAUUUUAAUGCAAGUUAUGUUGUUUGGGGAGAAGCAUAUUUUGAUGAUUUGAAACCAAAUGGGUUCUAAGUUAAUGUCACAAAAGAGAAUAGAGAAGAAUAUAUAGAAUUGUAUACAGAUUGGUACCUAAAUAAACUUGUUAAAAGCUAGUUUGAUUUAUUGCAUUCAGGAUUUAAAUCUGUGGUUGAUGGAGAUGGAAUAAAAUUAUUUUCUGGGGAAGAGUUAUAGGCACUAAUUAUUGGUUUGCCACACUUUGACUUAAAAGACUUGGAAUUAGUUACAAAAUAUGAUGGCUACGAUGAUAAGUCUGAGUAUAUAAGGUACUUCUGGAGUUGUAUUCAUUCUUUGAGUAUUGAAAUGUAAAAGAGAUUUCUGUUUUUCUGUACAGGGACAGAUAGGAUUCCUGUAGGAGGACUAAAGUCAAUAAAAUUUGUAAUUUAAAAGCAUGGUGAAGAUACUGAAUAAUUGCCAUCAGCUCACACUUGUUUCAAUGUUUUAUUAUUGCCACUAUACAAGAAGAAAGAAACAUUAAGGGAUAAAUUGAUGAUAUCUUUAGAUAAUGCAGAAGGCUUUGGAUUGAUGUGA